GCCAUGGCCCCGCCGCUGCUGCUGCCGCUGCUGCCGCUGCUGCUGCUGCCGCUGCCGGCCCGCGGCUCCAGGGCCGGGCCGGAGGAGCUGCCGCACGUGGAGCGCUACGAGACGGUGCUGCCGCGGGAGCUGCCGGUGCCCCGGGCCAAGAGAGAGCUCUCCGCGCCUCCGAGCACCUACCCAAGCCACGUCCUCUAUGGCAUCCGUGCCGAGGGCAGGGAGCACCUCCUGUGGCUGGAGAGGAACAGGGCCCUGCUGGGGCAGCACUACACCGAGACUCACUACUCUGCAAACGGCUCGGAGAUCACGGAGCAGCCGGACACACAGGAUCACUGCUUCUACCAGGGCCACGUGCGGGGACAGCCCGACUCGGCAGCGAGCAUCAGCACCUGCGCAGGGCUCAGCGGGUUUUUCCGGGUGAACGGGACCACGUUCCUGCUGGAGCCGCUGGACGGGGCCGUGGCCGGCCGGCACGCCGUGUACCGAGCCGCUCACCUGCGCGGCAAGCGCGGCACCUGCCGGGAGCCCGGCGCCGGCCUGCAGUACGACCGAGAGCCGCAGAUCCCCGCGGCCAUGAAGCUCUACCGAUGGAAAUCAGGUCCGGUCCAAAAAGGUCCCCGGUACGUGGAGCUGGUGCUGGUGGCAGACAACCAGGAGUUCAGGAAGCACAAGGACCUGCGCACGGUGCAGAACCGCAUGAAGGAGAUCGUGAACCACGUGGACAAGCUGUACCAGCCCCUCCGCCUGCGGGUGGCCCUCAUUGGCCUGGAGGUGUGGAACCACAGGGACAAAAUCACCAUCAGCCCCAACCCCGAGGUGACCCUGGACAACUUCCUGCACUGGCGGGAGGCGGAGCUGCUGAGGAAGAAGCCCCACGACAACGCCCAGCUGAUCACGGGCGUUGACUUCCAUGGCAACACCGUGGGGCUGGCCAAGAAGCUGGUGAUGUGCACCAGGGACUCGGGCGGCGUCAACCAGGACCACAGCACGAACCCCAUCGGAGCUGCCUCCACCAUGGCCCACGAGAUGGGGCACAACCUGGGCAUGUCCCACGACGAGGACGUCGCCGGCUGCCGCUGCCCUGUGCCCAAAGCUGACGGGGGCUGCGUCAUGGCAGGGAGCGUGGGGCUGGUGUACCCCAAGCUCUUCAGCCGCUGCAGCGAGCAGGACAUGUGGCAGUUCCUGGGGGACCCCCGCACCAGCUGCCUGCUGAACGCGCCCCGCGCCGACGAGCUCUACGGGGGCCCGGUGUGCGGGAACCAGUUCGUGGAGCGCGGAGAGCAGUGCGACUGCGGCACGCCCCAGGAGUGCUCGGACCGCUGCUGCAAUGCCACCACGUGCCAGCUGAGAGAGGGAGCCGAGUGUGCCCGCGGGGAAUGCUGCCAGGACUGCAAGGUGAAGGCUGCAGGGACGCUCUGCCGGGCCAGCAAGAACGACUGCGACUUGGCCGAGCACUGCAGCGGCCUGAGCGCCGAGUGCCCCGAGGAUGUGUUCCAGGAGAACGGCAUCUCCUGCCAGCACGGCAGCGGCUACUGCUACAACGGGGCCUGCCCUUCGCACGGCGAGCAGUGCCGGGCGCUCUGGGGCGCAGAGGCGCAGGUGGCUCCCGACGUCUGCUUCAAGCAAAACAGCGAGCAGCACGUUCACCUGCACUGCCUGACCGAGUACGGCAAGCAGCCCUGCAGCCCCAAGGAUGUCAAGUGCGGCACGCUGCUGUGCCUGAGCGACAAGACCCAGCCCAUCCUGGGCACCGGCUACUACUCCUUCGGCUACUACUUCGGCCGCUUCAAGUGCAAGGCGGUGAUCGCGGGCAGCGACGCCGGCGAGGCGGCCGAGCUGCGGCUGGUGCCCACCGGCGCCAAGUGCGGCGAGGAGAUGGUCUGCUACGCCGGCCGCUGCCAGAACCUGCUGGUCUACGGCGACAAGAACUGCUCGGCCAAGUGCAACAACCACGGGGUGUGCAACCACCGGCGCGAGUGUCACUGCGACCCGGGCUGGGCAGCGCCCUACUGCGAGCAGGAGAUUUCGGGCAUAGCCGCAGGCAGCGGCGGAGCGGCGCUGGCGGCCGGGCUGGCCGUGCUGGCCCUGGCCGGGGUCGGGCUGGCGGCGGGCGGCGCGGUGCUCCUGAGGGCCCGGGCGGCGCGGCGCUCGCACAAAGGGAGCUCCAGCGGGACUCCCUCCGGCCUGGCCAACCCGCUGUUCCUGGAGGGCGGCCGGGCGCGGCCGGGGCGCCGGCAGCUGAGCCGCGGGGACAUCGGGCAGCCCAGCCUGCUGAGCAGCACGGCGGCCCCGCGGGUCACCCGGGCUCACAGCCCCGUGCUGGCCCCGCGGCCACCGGGGCCGCCUCGGUGCCUCCCGGCAUGGCCCCCGCAGGCGAAGCCGAAGCCGCCCAGCAAACCUCUGCCAGCGCUGAAGGGCAAAGCGCCGAGCCAGGGCGAGGGGCCGCCGGGACCGACCCUCCCACCGAGCCCCUUUCAGCGGUGUCCCCCGCCCAAGGUGGCCCUGAAGCCGCCCCCGGGCAGGAGGUGACCAAGGAUGCUGCGAGGAGCGGCAUGGUCUCGCUGCCACCCUUACUUGAAUCGCCGGCCGGAG